AUGUAUGAUGGCUCACAAUUUCCUGUUCAUGAUAUGAAUGGAGACAAGCGCAAGGAUAGCAUUGCCAUCGUCGGUAUUGGAUGUCGCUUGCCUGGGAAUGUGUCGAGUCCCUCCCAGCUAUGGGAUUUGCUGAGCGAACCGGUUGAUCUCUCGGCACCUAUUCCUCCAUCCCGGUUCAGCGCGUCUGGAUUCUACCACGAGGAUGCCGCACACCACGGCACGACUAACACUCAACGCUCGUAUUUCCUCGAUGACCAGGAUAUCCAAACUUUCGAUGCGGCAUUCUUCAACAUCGGACCCCGAGAAGCUGAGGCUAUGGACCCCCAGGCAUGUAACAACCUUGCUUCGGAGAUGCGUUCUUCACAGACCUUGAGGCAUCGCUUGUUGCUUGAAGUAGUCUAUGAGGGUUUAGAAGAUGCUGGAAUACCCCUCCAAGCAACUUCAGGAAGUUCGACUGCUGCGUACGUAGGUCUUAUGUCAACCGAUUGGCAGGAUUUGCAGCUUCGCGACAUCGAUGGCGCUCCACGUUAUCUUGUGACUGGGGGAGCUCGAAGUAUUGCGAGUAAUCGCCUUUCUUACUUUUUCAACUGGCACGGCCCAAGCGAAACCAUUGAUACUGCCUGUUCCUCGUCACUCGUUGCUCUCCACCACGCGGUCCACGCGCUGCGGUCUGGGGAGGCGAGUAUGGCUGUUGCGGCAGGAACAAAUUUGUUGCUAGCUCCUGAUAUGUACGUCAUGACGAGCAACUUAAACAUGCUUUCUCCGACUGGCAAAUGCCAGAUGUGGUCAUCGGCGGCCGAUGGGUACUCACGCGGAGAGGGUGUCGCCUGUGUUAUCCUCAAGACAGUGCCACAAGCUUUGCAUGACGGAGAUCGCAUUUAUGCUGUUGUGCGUGAAACUGGCGUCAACCAGGAUGGACGUACAACUGGAAUCACAAUGCCCAGUUCCACAGCGCAAACCGAGUUAAUACGAGAGACAUAUGCCAAAGCGGGGCUUGAUCUGCGAAAAGCGGAAGACCGAUGCCAAUUCUUUGAAGCUCAUGGAACGGGAACGCCAGCUGGUGACCCGAUAGAAGCCCAAGCCAUCUGGGACGCCUUCUUUACCACCCCAACAAAUCAAUCCGCGCCCCCGGAGCAGCUCUACGUCGGUUCAGUAAAGACCGUUGUAGGUCACCUUGAAGGCUGUGCCGGACUCGCAGGGGUUAUCAAAGCAUGUCUUGGGCUUCACCAGGGGUUCAUCCCGUCGAAUCUCCACCUGGGAACACCGAAUCCUAAGAUUGCGCCGAUGCUCGGCCCGGGUAAGCUCUUGGUGCCAACAGAACACUUACCGUGGCCAGAACCUGUAAAGUCUACAGAUCCUGCCAUACAGAUUCCACGUCGUGCUUCUGUAAACUCUUUUGGGUUCGGCGGCACAAAUGCACAUGCAAUCUUGGAGUCAUUCGAUGCCAUUGCGUCAAAGGGCACUGUUCACAAAGCACCGAAGACCACGAAACAACCACCAGUGAAUAUCGUCAUUUCUGCUGCGAAAGAGCCCAGCCUUGCAUCUCUUGUAUCGAGGUAUGCCGACUAUCUUGAAGCUCAUCCCGAUUUGAACCUCGACAGCCUUGCUUGGACUACUCAGAAGCGCCGGACUCGCCUGGAAUAUGGGAUAUCGUUCACUGGCAGCUCGCGGUCGAUUCUGGUGAAACAGAUGCGUACGUCUGUCAAGGCAUACCACGAUGGGAGUCACAUCGGGGUUUCCUCCACAACAUGGAACUCUGGCUCUGAAGGCCCGGAAAUUCUGGGCGUGUUUACAGGCCAGGGUGCCCAAUGGGCUACGAUGGGGGCCAAGCUUCUCGAUGCAUGCCCGGCCUUCGCGCAAUCUAUUGCCCGACUAGAAAAUGCAUUAUUUGACACCAUGGCUGUUGAGGAAGAACUCUCUGGCAGUAGCAAAUGGUCUCUCAGUACGGAGCUUCGAGCUCCAAUCGGCGAAUCUCGCAUUGCUGAGGCUGAAUUUGCGCAGCCUUUGUCUACUGCAGUACAGGUUGCACUGGUCGAUACUCUACGAUCCGUAGGCGUCAACUUCUCGGCUGUUAUCGGCCACAGCUCGGGUGAGCUUGCAGCAGCCUACACUGUUGGUUGCAUAUCAGCAGCCGAUGCCAUUCGAAUGGCGUAUUACCGAGGACGUUUUUCCAAACUCGCUCGCAGUCCACAUGAUACUGAUGGAGACCAAGGAGGGAAAGGCGGUAUGCUUGCAGCUGGCAUCUCAUGGGAUGAUGCUCAAAUUCUUUGCUCCGACAGCCAGCUCGGGUUCCGCGACCAUGUCUGUGUGGCAGCCAACAACGCUCCGAGUAGUGUCACACUCAGUGGCGACUUACACAAGCUGAGAGAGAUGCAGACCUUGCUCAGGGAUCGCAAUGUUCCAGUUCAGAUGCUAAGGGUUGACAAAGCCUACCACUCACCUCACAUGAGAGUUUCUGGUGAUGCCUAUCGUGAGGCACUCUCGAGAUGUCGGCUUGAUGGGCCGCAGCCAACGUCUAACAGACCAACUUGUGUCUGGAUAUCUAGCGUGCAUACGGAUUGGGAGCCGAUCUCGAACGCCAACCUGCACAAUCUUCCCCAGUCAUUGAACUCGGCCCAGUACUGGGUGGAGAAUAUGCUAGCUCCGGUUCGUUUUCGGGACGCCCUCGAAAGACUUGCAAAGUUGAAGAAAGUCCGGGCAGGUUUGGAGGUUGGCCCUCAUCCAGCGCUUCGACGACAGGUAGUAGAUACCUUGACCGUUUCCAUUGGAGAGUUGGCCUAUCGCGGUACUCUCGCCCGCGGCGUGGAUGAACGGGAUAGCUUGUCCAGCGUCUAUGGCUUUCUGUGGGAGAGGGGAAUCAAUAUCGACUUUGACGCGACGUCCGUCUCAAGCAACAAAAGCCAAGUUCCACUUGCUGGCUUGCCAACCAUGGCAUGGCUACAUGAUCGCGUUUAUUGGCGCGAGUCGGCUCGCCUGUCACAGCUUCUCCGUCGGGAGCCGUCAUCUCCACUCAUUGGUCACUGUAUAGAUCAGGGGUUAAGGUAUGACAGUUCGUACACCGGCGCUGUCCGAAAGUCCGCGGAAUCGGUGAGAUUGGGAGAGUGGCGAUGGCGCCAGAUAAUUCGCGUCAAUGAGAUUCCGUGGCUUCGCGGGCACAAAGUGCAAGGCCAGAUAGUAUUCCCAGCCGCUGGGUACUGUGUUAUGGCCAUGGAUGCCACCAGCGACCUUAUCAAAAUCUUGUGUCACGAAUCAUCGACGCAAACCAGCUCUGACCUGGAGCUGGAUGUUAUCGAGCUUCAAGAUGUGGAAUUCGGACGAGCUGUGAUGCUUUCCGAAAAGAACACAGAGGGUAUUGACAUCCUGAUACGGCUACACGACAUUGUGCUGGAUGGAAUCAAGGAUGCCAGUCAGACCAAAUCUACUGUGCUAAAACACAGUUCAACGAUACAAGCUUCGUUCUCGAUUCAAGCCCAACUUCCCGCCGUUGGAGCGCCUGCUCGAUUAAAUGAGCCUUACGUUGCCUGUCACGGCCAUCUCGUGGCAAAUUUACGACUCCCAUCGUCAUCUGUUUUCACCAGCGGCAUGCCGCCGUAUCAUGACGACCCUGUCCAUCUCCAUACCAUAUCAACAACUUCGAUAUAUGACUCGUAUAAGGUUGUUGGUCUUGAGUAUACUGCUCCAUUCCAAGUGGAUUCCUUGCGGCGAUGCUUAGGUCGAGCGAAGUCCACUGUCCGGCACGCGAAUGUCACGCUCACAAAUGCCGGACCUCAUGAUCACAGAAUUGGAGAAGCAAGGGGGGAACAUACACCGAAAACAAAAGAGGUCAGCUCAUGCUUCCCAGUGGCCGCCCUCGACAAUGCAUUUCAAACAUCACUGGCGGCAUUUGCUUCGCCCGGGGAUGGAAGACUGUUGGCACCGUAUCUUCCUCGAACUAUUGGCCGAUUACGGGUUCAACUCUCAGCGUACCGUGCAUUCAUGGCCAAUGAAUCUGAAUUCCUUUUCGAUGCUACAAUUAAAGGGCGCAGCAUUCGUGAGGAGUUGAGACGAGUGUCGGAAGGAAACACGCUCGCAUCUUGGACUGCGACCGUUGAAGGUUUGGCUUUCGAUCCCCCACCCGGCGUCGAUCCACGGCCGGGCAAUAAUCAACGUCAACAUCGCAUGAUAUUCCAGGUAGAGGAUCUUCGGUGUGUCAACCUAGUUCCUUCACAUGGUUCGUAUCAGGAAGGCAUCUUUUGCGAAGAAAUAUGGGCUCCUGACCCAGACGACGCCUUACGGGAUUUUCAACUGGAGUCAGACGCUCUUGGAGAUCUUGAGGGCCUUGAAACUGUCGAAGAAUUGGCACAUUAUUAUAUGUGCAAUGUCUACGAAAGUUUCACUGUGGCUGAGGCAUUCAAUGAGACGAGGACCCCCUGGUUCAUCCGACGAUUCUGGGAUUGGCUUCAUCACCGUCUCGAAGGUCCUGGCGGCGGCCCCCAUUCUAACUUUGUCAACCCGUGGGCAAGUGAUCCAGCGCGCCGCUCUUCCCUCAUGCGCCGGGUUGACCGAAUCAAACAUCGCGUUGAAGUCCAAAUACUCGAAGCAGUUGCCGCAAACAUACUGAGAGUCAUGCGACAAGAAGAUGGUCCGACAAUUCUGGAAGUACUAUUCCGAAAUGACAUGCUUGCACGUUUAUACGUCGAGCCAGCUAUGUACGCGCGGGCCAACCGGUAUCUCGGUCGAGUGGCAAGUCUCAUUGCCCAUCGUUUUCCACGAUGUGACAUUCUCGAGGUUGGAGCCGGAACUGGAGGUGCCACUCAGGCUAUGUUUACGGGGCUUGGGGGCGCAUACGGCUCAUACACGUUUACCGAUAUAUCCAGCGGUUUCUUUCCUCAAGCCAAGAUCAAGUUCGCAGACGAGGUUCGCCGGAUGAUAUUCAAAACUCUGGAUAUCGAGACGGACGUUGUGGAUCAAGCAUUGACGCCGGCCACAUAUGACAUAAUCGUUGCCUCAAAUGUUCUGCAUGCUACAAGGGACAUUGAAGCAUCACUGAAGAAUGUGCGGAAGCUCUUGAAGCCAGGUGGCUUUCUUCUGCUACUUGAAGUCACAUCAGUCGACAAAGUCCUCGUACCGUAUCUAAUGGGCGCGGUUCCGGGCUGGUGGUAUUUUGAAGACCGGUGGCGAAAGGACACAUUCAGCCCCUUGUUGACAACGGAAAGGUGGCACGAGGUACUCCAAGCCUCCGGUUUCCAGACUGGUACGGAGCACAUAUUCCGAGAUAUGAAACACCCGGAAGACCAUCUAUCCAGUGUAAUGGUGGCUCGAGCAACAGACGAAGACUGGAUGGCAUUCCGAAAGUGCGUUCCAACAUCAACCGCCGAAUUCUCUGCGAAUAGUCUUGUCAUUGUCAAAGGCAAGGAAGAAAACGCCAUCAGCCAUGGCAUGGCUCUUGAGUUAAAGACAAGAAUCCUCGGCGUGUGCGGUGAUCGCGUUACAGUCACGAUUGUAGACGGGCUACAAACGGCUGCUGCCAGCUCGCUACUUCCCAGCAGCAUGGUUAUCGUCCUCUCGGACAUCGAGAGCCCGUUGCUAGGUAGCCCUACGUCCGCUGACUGGGAGGCCUUGAAAAUUGUUUUCAGCGGCACCUCUCACGAUAUCUUCUGGGUUACCAGUGGGCGUGUGCAUGGGCGGGAUCCCAAUCAAAACAUGAUUGUUGGGCUCGGCCGCUGCGCCAGAUACGAAAACCCGGGUCUCAGGCUUCGCUUCAUUGAUGUGGAUGACUGCACCUCUUCUGAUGCAAUCCAGCUUAUCUCCAGAAUUGUCUGGCAAACGGGGUUCUUGUCGUCGAAGGAUGCAUCCGAUGUCGACUCAAGAAAUGCCUCUUGGACGAACUCUGCAGAGUUUGAAAUGGCAAUCGAAUGUGGCCGUCUGCUUCUGCCACGCCUGGUGCCACUUGACAUAUCCAAUCAGCGUUACAUUGUCCGUCGGGAUGGGGUCGUACAUGAUGAAGAGCCCAACAACUCGUGUCUCACAGUGCUAGGCGCAGUCGAAAACUUUCUCACAUACCAUCCAGAUGCAGUUUCAAGCUCCCGCCCUGUUCCUGAGUCUGGCGGUUCUCUGGCUCAAUUGACACCGCCUUUAUCCACAGAACGCGAAUGCUUUCCAGUAGCCAGUUCAAGUCAUCGUCUUUCUCUGACACAUUCACGCUGUGUUCAGUUUUAUGCGACGGGAGAUGAUCAAUUCUACGUCUCCCUAGGUCAACCUAACGUAACGGCACUCGGAGAUCCAGAGAAAUCCAUCAUCCUUACCCCUAGGCGUCCGAAAGAACACCUUCACAGCUCGGAAUGUGCUUUGAAAAUUCCUCUUCGAUAUGAAGGCCUUGAACCCUUCACACUAAUCGAUCAGGACGUCGUGUUUCUGUCGGUUCUAAGAGACACCAUUGCAGCAGGAACGUUGUGCCGACUGGCGGUGGAGGCAUUCCCUGCUUCAGCAGCGAUAAUGGUCGUCGAGCCCAAUUACGCUUUCGAGGUUGCAAUUUCAGAACUUGCUCAGGAACAUAACAUGAGGCUGUACGUGGUCACCGCACGGGAAACAAUGGCAAGGGUACUACCCGGACGUUGUGGAAUCGCCUCUUACAUUCACCCAUGUGUUUCAACUCAACGACUGAGGUCCCUUCUCCGCAGAGAAACAUCCGGUAUCUAUGUCGAUUGGGCAUCUAUCCGAAACCCAGAUGUUGCUUCCGGAAUCAACUCAGACAAACCUCACUUUCUUCUUCCGAAUGGAUGGUUCGAAGUUUUAGAAGCACAACCCGUCGACGACAAGUUGCCCCGGCUGAAGUCGUCAAAGCCUGAAAUUGCUACAAUGUUGACGGAUAUGAAUUCCGAUCAACCAUAUUCCAUCGUUGACCACAGUAUAUCCUUGGCCUCUCGAAUUGUACAACUUCAUCUGCAGACUUCAUCGGACGACAUCUGUCAGUUGAAAACGCCAACGCGCGUGGCAUUUUCCGACGCGACCAUCGACCUACUAGCCAAAGAUCCGCAAAUUUUGGACUGGUCACUGGCUGGAGGAGAUGAAAGUCCUACGGGCCAACUCAGUAAUGCGCUUCUUCCCAAUCCAGCAUGUCUUUUCAGCCCCAAGAAAACGUACCUCUUUGCUGGAAUCACAAGCGAUCUAGGAUUGUCGGUUGCGAAGUGGAUGGUUCAGAACGGUGCGCGAUCUGUGGCACUUGCAAGUCGAGCGCCCAAUAUUCCAAAAGUGUGGCUUGAAGAAAUGAAGAGCCUGGGAGCAACCGACGUGCGUUCUUUCUCCAUGGAUGUCACCGACGCCAACUCAGUCAAAGACGUCUGUGAUUGUAUUCGAGACUCUAUGUACCCUGUGGCUGGGGUCGUCUUCGGGGCCAUGGUUCUCAACGACAAUUUGUUAGAAAACAUGUCGUUCCAGACACUUCAGGCAACAAUGGCCCCAAAGGUCAGAGGAACUUACUUGGUCGAGCAGUACUUCCACGACACCGACUUGGACUUUUUCAUCUUCAUGUCCAGCAUGUCCGCGAUCGUUGGAAUCAGAGGCCAGUCCAACUACUGCGCUGGCAAUAUGUAUGGCCGCGCUGUUGUCGCCGAUCGCCGCGCUAGAGGGUUAGCUGCAUCGACUGUCGAUCUCUCAACAGUUUUCGGCGUUGGUUAUUUCGCUAAUGCAGGAGCAUCGAGCCUGCAGACAGUUCACGCGAACCUACGUGGAUUCAACACACUAGCCAUCGGAGAAGGAGAUGUCUUGGAUGCCUUCCAUGAGGCCAUUUUGAGAGGGCCACCAAACGCAUCCGCUACUGGUGACGUGAUUGUUGGUCUCGGGUCCGAAACUGCUGUCGCAAUCGAUCAGCCUCCUGUAUCGGCAGCAUGGCACAAAGAUCCUAGGUUCGGGCAUUUCACAGCCCGUGCGGGUCAGAAAUUUGAUGAUCGGGCCGCAGGUGGGUCUGCGGGCGGCACCUCCGACAUGGCCAAGAAUGUACGCGAGAAAUUAUCGAAAACGACCACUGACGAGGAGCGACUGGCGACCUUGAGCAGCUGCUUCUCUGCGCAGAUACAAGACACAAUGCAACUUUCAAGCUCGUCACUGCGCGCAGAUGUACCCCUGAUGGAUCUUGGGAUUGAUUCACUGGUUGCCGUUGAUCUAAGAGCGUGGUUUUUCAAAGAGUUGGAAGUGACUGUGCCUGUCUUGAGCAUCUUGAACGGCGAGAGUGUCAGAGAUCUCUGCAAAGUUGUUUUAUCCCAAGUUUGA